CUCAGGUUACCGCCAUCUUUAUUCCUCACUUUCUUCUCCACUAUAAAAGUCUUCUCUUCUGGAUAACCUUUCGUAGUCUUACCGUUAUCUUCUCCCAAAACACACAAAAAAGCUUCUAGAUCCAUUCCGAGUCAUGAGUUCGGUACAAUUCACUGAGUUGCUUCCGGGUUUGCCCGAGGAACUCGCUCUCGAAUGCUUGACCCGAUUGCAUUACUCGACCCACUCAGUCGCCUCGCUCGUCUGCCGCCGCUGGCGCCACCUCCUCCUCAGCCGUGACUUCUAUUAUCACCGGAAGAAGACGGGGCAUACCCACAAAGCCGCCUGCCUGGUCCAGGCGCUUCCGAUUCCCCCCUCCUCCAAACCGAUCGGGCAGCCCAGUUACGGGAUUUCCAUGUUCGACCCGGUGAGCCGGACCUGGAGCUGGGUCGACCCGAUUCCCAAGUACCCGAGCGGGCUCCCGAUGUUCUGCCAAAUCGUCAGCUCGGAAGGGAAGCUCGCGGUGAUGGGCGGGUGGGACCCGGUGAAUUGGGACCCGGUGAAGGAUAUCUUCGUGUACGAUUUCGCGACUCGCGGGUGGACUCAGUGCGAGGAUAUGCCCUCGAAACGGUCGUUCUUUGCCGCGGGGGCGGUUGACGGCCGGGUGAUCGUUGCCGGCGGGCACGACGAGAGCAAGAACGCCCUGAAAUCGGCGUGGGUUUUCGAUGUAAGGAGGAACGAGUGGAGCGAGCUGGGCGCGAUGAGCGAGGAACGAGACGAGUGCGAGGGGGUGGUGAUCGGGUCGGAGUUCUGGGUCGUGAGCGGGUACGGGACGGAGACGCAGGGGCGGUUCACGAGCAGCGCUGAGUCACUGAAACUCGUGACCGGCGAGUGGAGGCGAGUCGAGGACGCGUGGGGAGCCAGCCGGUGCCCGAGAGCGUGCGUGGGGAUGGGCAAAAACGGGAGCUUGAUGUGCUGGGCGGACUGUGACCCGGAGAUACGGGUCGGAGCCUGCGGGGUUGAUCUGGGUGACCUGACCUUGGUGACCGGGUCAGCCUACCAGGGCGCGCCACAUGGGUUUUUCUCUAUGGAUAACAGAGGGCAAAAUCGCAAAUUGCAGAAAAUUGAGGUCCCUGCUGAGUUCGCUGGGUUCGUCCAGUCCGGUUGCACAGUUGAGAUUUGAAAAAAGAGAUAUCCUAUCUACACCCUCCUAGUUCUCUUUCUAGGCAAAAGAUAAUUUGUGAAUUAUCUUUAUAGACAGACAACUGGGGAGUGUAUACUCCGUAUCAUACUCUGUAUAUGUACAAAAGUGUGUACUUGUAGCAUUUUGGUGUUAUUAAAAAAUGCACUCGAUUUCCGGAGAGUUACCGUUUGACCAGAUGGGCGGAAGAAUUGAUCGGACAGUUUGACUCGAUGGUCUCGAGAAUCCACGGGACAGUUAGACUCGAUGGUCCCGAGAAUCAACGGGACAGUUAGACUCGAUGGCCCCGAGAAUCAAUGGUACAGUUUGGCUCGAUGGCCUCAAGAAUUGGUUGGACAGUGCGACAUGGCCCGAGAUCCGGCCCGCCCGGACUAGUUAGAUACUUUGAUAAAUAGUGGAGAUGUUUAUGGUAUGUCUCAAUGCGCUUUAUGCAGACCGGUGGUACUUUUUUUCUUUUAUUCGGCAUUAUACUCUAAGAAAGAAGCAUAUUGUGGGCUCUCUGGCAUAAUAUCACGUUUGGAAUUACGGUUUCUGUAUUUUACUUCUCCCUAUUUCUGUGGAUAUGAAAUAUAGAUAUUUUGUGAGUGUACCCUUUUCUGCUCCGUUAUUUCUGACGGUAACCUUAUAUGUUGUCAAAUUUGAGCCAUUUUCUCUUUAAUAGAUGUAGCAUAAUAGUACGUCUCCUUAAAUGUACACUUUUAUGGUGAUCAGAAAGUCACGCUCACUUAUUUCCUGGUAAGAACUCAGAGUUUUAAUUUGUUGAAGUUGAUGGGAAUCCUAUGUAGAAGGGAUAUAAUCCAAUAUGGUGAAAGAAGGAUAAAAAUACCAAAGUUCCUUUUGCGCCUUUUUGUCUUCAGCGAUGCUUGUAACAAUAGUGGAGACAGGAUAAGCUCAAGGGGUGUGGUCGCUCCAAAAUAAAAUCAUCAUCAAUCAAUCAAGCAAUACUUAAUUUAAUGAACUAAGUGAGGCCUGCAUUCUCCCGCCUAAACUUAUUGGGUAAUUUAGUCAAUUUGGCUCUUGCUAAUCCCUUCAAUCGUCUUGCCUUGUCUACUAUUCUUCUGCCAGACGCCUUCUCAAUUUGACAUUCUCAAGUGCGUUGGAGCACCACCUGCGAUCAGUGGCGGAGCCAGAAAAAUGGCUCGGGGGUCGAAAAUCAAAAUAUAUACCGAAUGAAAAUGGUGAAUCGUUUUUAAAUAAUAUUGAAUUGAAUAUUUUGAUAUGCAGUUUAGAUAAAUAUGCACUCCUAACAAUAAGAUAUAUGGUCUUUGCUGGGUUUCUGAGUCGUGUCACGUAAGUAUUGAGUGAAUUAUACCCUAUUUUUAAAAUUUGGG